AAGAGCCGAAGAGCCGAGGAGCCGAGGAGCCGAAGAGCCGAAGAGCCGAAGUCAGGGCGGAGGUCGGGGCCGAAGCUGGAGCUGCUGCAGGAGGCGUCGUCCAGCCCCGAUCUACCGGCCCGGUGGGAGCGGUCUAACCCGUUCCAGUUUCGCCCUUUCUCCCCCCGGCAUCCUGUCGGAAAGCGCCCGUGUCCUCCCCCGCCACUCGUCGCGGGUACGGCCCGGAGAGAGCGGACGCCCCUCGCCUCUGAAGAUGGUGCGGAUUCUGGCCAACGGGGAGAUCGUUCGGGACGACGACCCCCGGGUGAGGGCUGGUUCUCGGGCCCGGGGCGACUCGUCUCGGCAGGGCCUCUUCGACGGAACGAGGGGAGCGCCCCCCGGGGGCCCGGGCCCGGCCCGGGGCCGCGGCCCGUUCUCCGAGCUCAACCGGCAGCUGGGGAACGUGGGCUUCCCGCUGUGGGACGUGGGCAACCGGGUGGCGGAGCCGGUGAUGUCCAUCCUCCUCCUCUUCCUGCUCCUGAUGCUGGGAGUGCGGGGCCUGCUGCUGGUGGGGCUGGCGUACGUGGUCUCCCGGCUGAGCCGGCGGUGACCGGACGACGGGAGAGGGCGGGGAGGA